AUGUACCGUUUACCUUCUAUAUCGCUAUUCCCGUCUCUCUCCAAAGAAGAGAAAGUCGAAGUCCUAGCGCACUUGUUCGAGAGAUGUGAGACCUUGACCGAAUUAAUUUUCUCCACAGUUCUCUACGAUUCCAACACUACGUUCGCCAGCUAUACCCAAUUGAUAGAAGCCGUAAGAACAGCAUUACGGAAGUACCUUACCGAGGCCGAAGAAACAGCUGAGAAAACGCAUACUGCCAUCGAUUCCAAAAUCGCUAAAAUCAUAGCGGCACACCCGCGGCUUGGAGGCUCGUCCAAAGCCAGUGCUGAGAAGUUGUCUCAACAUUCUUCACUGGAACAGAAGUCGCUUCAGACAUCAUCUGCCGAAGAAGCACUGCUCUUGGUUGUGCUCAACGACGAGUACGAAUCUGUUUUUCCUGGUUUGCGAUACGUUGUCUUUGUCAAUGGCAGAUCUAGACCCGUUGUGAUGGAGAAUAUGCUGUCUAGGAUAGCAAGAAACGAUAUACAGAAGGAGAGAGAGGAGGCUUUUGAAGCCAUGUGUGAUAUUGCCAACGAUAGAGCAAGCAAGUUAGUUGAGAAGAUAUAG